AUAUAUUUUAUAAUAAACUUUCAUUUACAUAUAUAUAUAUAUAUAUAUAUUUAAAAGAAUUGUAUAUAUGACUAUGGAACUUACAGAGAAGAUAGACAGUGAUACGCAAACAGUUAUCGAUGUCGACUUGGGUUCAAAGCAAGACACUCAACCUAUAGAUCGCAAAACCCUAGUGUGGAUCAUGGCAUCACUGUGCGUUAUUUCAUUCUUGGCUGCCUUUGACAAUAUCAUUGUUGCUAGUAACCUACCUCUUGUAGCCUCAGAAUUCAAUGCAUUUGGAUUGUACAGUUGGGUCAAUACAUCUUUUCUUUUGACAGCUUCUACAUCACAGCCGUUGUACGCCAAGGGUGCAGAUAGGGUUGGGCGAAGGACGUGUCUGUUGUUUGCGACAUGCUGUUACCUCAUAGGCACUGUGCUAUGUGGCGCGGCCCAAUCGAUGAUCAUGUUGAUCGUCGCACGCGCACUGUCUGGUCUUGGGAUAGGUGCAUUUGAUAGUCUAAUGAAGAUUGUGGUUGCUGAUUAUAUCCCAGUACGUUAUAUCGGUCUCUAUCAAUCACUUCUUGGAAUCUCUUGGGGUCUUGGCUACAUAGUAGGAGCUCUAUUAGGUGGAUAUGCAGCUACAGAAUCUGGUUGGCGUACUGUGUUUUGGAUGGCACUUGGCAUAUCUGUGGUUGCUCUUGUCUUGAUUUUCUUCUCAAUUGAAGGCAACACCCGAACUGGAAUAACAGCAGCAGGAAGAGAGGGAGUCCUGAGUCACCAACUAGCCCAGCUAGACAUUGCAGGCAUGGGAUUGUGGAUUGCAGGAAUUGUUUGCCUUGUUCUUGCCUUGAGUUGGGGAGGAACAACCUAUGCAUGGAACUCGUCUAUAGUCAUCUCAUUGCUCUGUGUCUCGGCCGUUCUUUUGGCCAUCUUCUGCGGCUGGGAGUACAAGUGGGCUGCCGAUCCGAUCAUACCUCACACAAUAUUCACCAACCGAAGCACGGUCCUGAUCCUCAUUGCUGCAUUUGCAUAUGGCGGCUGCUUCCAGUCCCUGAUGACCUACAUCCCACUCUAUCUGUCGGUGAUCCGCAAAGAAGACUCGAUGGCCACAAACCUCGAGCUGCUCUGUCUGGUCUUGCUGGCCUGCAUCUUCAAUGUCCUGACAGGCUUUGUGAUCGUCCGGACCGGCCGCUACACCUGGGCUACCCGACUCUCGCUCGCAAUUCUGGUCCUCGCCUGUGGUUUGCUCCAGUUUCUAGCCAAGGAUUCUAGCCGAGGAUUGAUUGUGGGUCUGAUGAUUGUGACCGGCAUAGGAAGUGGAGGCAUGAUUAACAGUGAAAUCAUUACUGCACAAGCAUCUGUUUCAAUUGAACAUGUGCCUGUCAUGGUUGCAUUCAUGACAUUGUGUGACCAGGUGGGUGGCAUUACAGGAAUUGCUGCCCAGGGAAGUAUAUUGUCCAACCGUCUUGCCUACAACCUCUAUAUCUUGGACUUGCCGGGCGUCUCGGCUCCUCUUGUACGCCAGAGCUCAGACUACCUCUGGUCACUGCCCUUGCCAACCCGAGACAUUGUUCGGGAAGCGUACAUGGAAGCUGUCAGAAUGUCAUUCUGGGGAUCAACUUCAUUUGCUGCAGCAGGUCUGUUGGCCGCUCUGGGCAUCAAAGCCUAUGUGAUGCGCACCCAGAUCCAUACCUAAAACACAUACAACUAUCCUUUGUCUAUAAUACAUCGUAUGCUAUUCAUGUUGUGUCUAUUUAUUUGUGUUUAUAGAUAAACUAGCUGUAUACCCAUGAUUAUU